AUGGAUGACUGUUGCAACUGGUUCACUCGUGUCCAUUGCUGCUGCUUGAUCACGUGGGUUUUCACCGGCGCCUGCGUCGUGGGAAUCUUCCGCUCCAGCGAGUUCGUGCAGAAGGCGCGCGCAUGGGAGUCACCGCCUGCAUGGCAGCUGGCCCACUGCGACGUGCUUGCUGCUGGGGUCAGCUGUAUUGACGAACAGAGUAAGAGCACAUGUGCCGGUUACAGCGCGGGAAAGAUGCCUUCUGGCCAGCCGCCAGUGUUUUUGACCGAGGAUGUCGCGGUUUGCCCGGGAACUUACUGGUGCGCGACAGAUGGGGACAUGUGCGACUGUAGAGGCGAGAUUACCUUUGCUCCGGAGCUGUUCAAUGGCGAAGUCUACACCAUACCGGAGGCAGAGAGAGGGUAUAAGGUGGUCUCGAACGGCCAGUGGAGAUGCGGAACGGAUCAAUCUGGACAGCCUUACCAAGUGGAUCCUGCACAAUGGCGUGACAAGCAUUGCUGGUGCACCCCUCAGGGCAUUUUGGACGUUGUAAAGCAACAUGAGCCUCCGUACCUACAGAAGAAAGAGUGUUCUGAGAUGGUGCUUACCGACUUCAAUAGUGCAACCCAGCGGCGGCUCACAGUGUCGGACAAGUAUCGCUUUCGCUACGCGCCCUGGGCACUGGUCGUCGUCUCCAGCAAUCAGGGCUUUGACGGCUUCCCUGCCUUUGACCCAAGCCAGCUACGCUGCGCGUAUGAGUAUGGUGCGCCGGCCAUUUCCGAAGCCAUCUACUCCUCGUCAAAAGCCUACAGUGAUAGCUCUGUGUGGAAGUCGGAAGACGUUGCGAAGAGGUGGGGCAACGAGAGCUCCCGGCCUUGCUGGGUUCGCACGACAGGCGCGUCAGGCCGGAGUUUACAGGCAUGCGCUGUCGCCUUGGAGAAUCCAAGCCAGAUUGAGGAGGUCGCUCUGGGCGAGCAGAACGACAGCUACCAAAACCUCUACGUAAGCCUCUGCUUCUCUGUGUUCUUCACCGCGCUCGUGGGCUUUUUGUGCUACCUCCAGUUGCGCGAGCGUCAGCGGCAGCGGCGGGAGCAUCCCAGCUCACCCAACGCUUCAGGCUCAUCAGAGGAUGAGAACGAGGGCUUCCUGCAAUGUUGGAGUUCCAACUAA